GUGAAUGGCCGUGAUUUGCGAUGUCGAACUCUCGAAGUGGCUCCUAAAGUUGUGAACUCGAAUUAUCUUUUAUCGUUAUUUCAGCAUCAAGUUCCAGUAUGCCUAGAUUCACAAUAAUAUUUGCUAUGUUGAUGAUAGGAACAUAUGCUGUAGCAUUCAACCCAUACCAAGAUGUAUCAGAAAGAUUGAAGGGGGCCCAUGAAGUAGGUCUAGAAGAUGUAGUCUUUGUGAUCAGAAGUCAGGCUCCAUCACCCCACGUAGAGAGGGCUAGGCGCAUCAAAGAUGACAUUGCUCAGCAGUGCAGACUACACAAUCUGGAUCAUCCAGAUGUUGUGUUAUUACAUGAGAGAUAUGGAGGACCUUACUCUGGUCAUUGGACUUUAUUACCUGCUCUUCCAAAGAUAUAUAACGAAUUUGAGCAGAAGAAAUGGUUCUUUUUCUGUGAGGAGGACACAAGGGUGAAUGUGCAAGGUCUAAUAGCAUUGCUGAGUAGAUUCAGCUCAGGGGAGGACUGGUUUCUGGGUAAGAGCUUAUUUGACCAGGAGGCUACGAUAAUUCAUCAUUUCCGUUUCCAUGACUCGCUCUCUGAAUUCAUCUUCCCUGACUUUGAUGCGGGUUGGAUCCUAAGUGAAGCAGUCAUGAAAAGCAUGGUUUCAAGGUUAGAUAAAGAGAAACCCAAGAUUGAUUUCAGCAUCGAUGUCAAACAUGAGCUUGCUCAUUACAUCUGGAAUGAAGAAAGUGGAUUACACAUGACAGGCUUACCUCAGCUGUGUGCAGGUAACAUUGACCCCAGUGACCUUUCACCCUUGACCGAUGAACAGGCAAUGCAGAAGAUACAGUCUAGCAAGGCCAAUCCUACCAAAUCUGGAUCCAUCUGUGUCACGGCUUCUCCCAAGGCACUCCCAGAAUGCGGCCCACCAGUGCCAGGAAAGAAUGUAUUCUUCGCAGUUAAGACAUGUGAAAAAUUCCAUAGUGAAAGAGUGCCGGUAGUGCAGCGAACGUGGGGAAGAUUUGCAGAGCACAUGGUGUACUUCAGUAACAAGGCAGAUAUAUCUAUACCUACUGUGGAUCUUGGUGUUCCCAACACUGAAAGAGGGCACUGUGGAAAAACAUUUGCAAUAUUUGAUCAGUUCCUCAACAAUCCAGAAUAUAGGACGUUCCCAUGGCUAGCAAUAACAGAUGAUGACACUAUCAUUAGCGUUUCAAGAUUACAGCGUCUUUUAUCGUGUUACGAUGCCACCAAACCAGUCAUGCUUGGUGAACGCUAUGGUUACGGGCAGGUCAAAGGUCUUGGGUAUGACUACAUCACUGGAGGAGGAGGAAUGAUCUUUAGCCGCCCUGCUGUCGAUGAUAUCAUCUCCAAUGGGUGCCGAUGCAGCAAGAACGAUGAUCCAGAUGAUAUGAUCAUUGGGAUGUGUGCCAAGCGAUAUAGAAUACCUCUAGCCAACUCACCUUUAUUUCAUCAGGCAAGGCCAUCGGACUAUGCCAAAGGUCUCCUGGCUCAUCAGACACCCGUCUCCUUCCACAAGCACUGGAAUGUCAACCCCGAUCAGGUUUAUAGCGACUGGUUUCUAAAAGCUGAUGAAGAUCUGAAGAAUGCAUCUCAUGAUGAACUAUGAUAGGGUAUAUGAAGACAAGGAUGUACACGUGUUUCCUAAAGACUUAUAAAAUAUGUGUUCUUGGGAUUAAUGUAAAACUAGAUUCUUUCGCAACAUGAAACUGUCGCAAAUUAGAAAAUUGGAGGUUGUGUCAGCUGCGCUCCAGUUAUUCCGCGGCAUGAAACUCAAAUCUCAACCACUCACCAAAUUCAAAUAUUUUUCAUGCACUCAAAAGUUUCCGUGUUCACUGUAAUACCUCGUUCAUUAUGCAUAUUGCCUGCUCUUCAUGUAUGUACUUACUAGAUCCAACCAAAAUUGCCAUUUUUGAUUUCUCAAAAAU